AUGUUACUUGCUGACAAUCGUACUCUUCGGAUACUUUCAACCGCGGAGAAUGAAGGAUAUGGUGUGCUUGCUCAGGCUUGCUAUGACUCCCAGAUGGCAAUCAGUCUCGUCCGCGCAGCCGAGCAAGCCCAGAGCCCUGCGAUAAUUCUGCUCUUUCCUGUAACUUUGCAAUACGGAAAAGGUCCUUUCUUGAGAUUGUGCCUCGACCUUGCACAUCAGGCAUCUGUACCAAUUGCUGUGCACCUGGAUCAUGCCACCGAUCCAGAACACCUGGAACUUGCUUUAUCACUUGCAGAGCAAGGUAUUAUCUUCGAUAGUAUAAUGGUUGAUGCCAGUCAUGCAGAGAAUGACGAAGAAAACAUUUCCAUCGCCAAGCCAUACGUUGAUCGGGCGCAUAAGCUAGGCAUCGCAGUUGAGGUCGAAAUGGGACGUCUUGAAGGCGGUGAAGCUGGUCUUCGCAUGAUUUCAGACGCUAAGCUCACCGACCCAGCAAAGGCUAAGGCCUUUAUGGAAGGGAAAGACCUUUAUAAAGAAUUUAGAGGAAAGGUCCCCAUUUGUUUGCAUGGGACAGAUACUCUUCCAGAUACGCUUUUCGCCGAAUGCAUCAAAAACGGUGUCAGCAAGGUUAUAGUGACGUUGCCCAUUCUCAUAAAUAUAAACAGCUGGGGACGUGAUCCAUACGCAAGGGUGCUAGGGGAAGCUCUUCUAUCGAAGUCGUUUCCUGAAGCUGUGGACAUCGCGUCCGAUGUUCUUGUCAAGGAGUGCCUCAGAUUUUUCGAUGUGUUCGGGUCGAAGGGCAAAGCAUAA